AGUUGAUAAAAUGGAGCAGUACGAUUUUAAGAUGAACUUUUUCGACUAUCGUGUGAGAGAAUCAUCUUGACUCAAACAGUAUAUCUUUGCGCUCUCAGUGACGCGCACUCCGUCACGGACAUGCGCAGUGUGUCCGGUGCGGCAGCUCUUGAAGUAAUGAUGGCGUCCUCGGCAGUCCGCUGCUGCUCACGCUGGAUUACAGUUAUCGUGUCCUCCGGACAUCGCGGGGCCGCCAGUACAGUUGUCUGCGCUGGUCAUGGAGGGGUUCGCAGCGUCUCGACCCUGGGAGCGGAGAAACUGUGGCGGGGAGGAAACCUGAUGUGUGGCGGAGCAGGGAAAGCGUUGACAUUGAGAGGGCUGUCAGGUAUCAAUUCGCCCCAUGCUGUCUACAAACUGUCCUUUCACACAAGUGCCCCUGCCAGCAGCAAGCAGGACUUCUACCAGAUUCUUGGUGUUCCUCGCUCAGCGACACAGAAAGAGAUUAAAAAAGCCUACUAUCAGAUGGCCAAAAAAUAUCACCCUGACACCAACAAAGAUGACCCACAAGCCAAGGAAAAAUUUGCUCAGCUGGCAGAAGCUUAUGAGAUCCUGAGUGAUGAAGGUAAGAGGAAGCAGUACGAUAUGUUUGGCUCAGCAGGCUUUGAUACUGGUCAUGCCGGUGGAGGUCAGCACUACUGGAGCGGACAAACCAGCAAUGUAGAUCCAGAGGAGCUUUUCCGCAAGAUCUUUGGGGAAUUCUCAGGAGGCCGUGGCUUUGGAGACUUCAAUUCCAUGUUUGAUCAGCCACAUGAGUACAUCAUGGAGCUGACGUUCACUCAGGCGGCAAAGGGAGUCAACAAAGAGAUCUCCGUUAACAUAGAAGCACCCUGCCAACGUUGUGAUGGUAGGGGCCACGAGCCAGGCACCAAGGUCCAGCACUGCAACGUCUGUAAUGGCUCCGGCAUGGAGACCAUCAACACAGGGCCGUUUGUGAUGCGCUCCACAUGUCGCCGCUGUGGUGGCAAAGGCACAGUCAUCUCCAACCCCUGUCGCUCCUGUCAUGGGAGGGGACAGACCAAGCAGAAGAAAUCUGUGAUGGUUCCUGUACCUGCAGGAGUAGAGAAUGGUCAGACAGUCAGAAUGCCAGUUGGUAAGAAGGAGAUCUUCAUCACAUUUAAAGUCCAAAAAAGUCCUGUGUUCAGGAGGGAAGGUGCAGACAUCCAUUCUGACCUUUAUGUAUCUGUGGCACAAGCUAUCCUGGGCGGCACGGCCAGGACACAGGGCCUUUAUGAAACCCUAAACUUAACGGUCCCCGCAGGCAUCCAGACAGACCAGAGGAUUCGUAUGGCAGGGAAGGGAAUCGCACGUAUCAGUGGCUAUGGGUUUGGAGACCACUAUGUCCAUGUCAAAAUAAAAGUACCCAAAACCCUGACCGACAGACAAAGAGCUCUGCUAAUGAGCUAUGCUGAGGACGAAACGGAUGUGGAGGGGACGGUGAAUGGCGUCACUAGCACCACCACAGGUAAAAGAUCAUCCUGGAACUGAGAAGCUUCAUCAGUAGAUCAGAGGGCAGAGCAGAGGACAGCGUAUAGUAAGAAAAGCCACACCAUAAAGGGAAAGGUGGUUGAGGACUUUUGGGUGUUGGACGAGGCCUACCAAGAUUCUGGACAGAUCAGUAUGGACCUACCUGCCCAGCCCUGCAGUGAAUAAGUCAGAGGAUUACCUGCUCUGCUCCUCUGCCAAGUGAACCCACACUCAAGAGGAUGUUCCAGUGCGCCAAUCACCUCUCAGCCAAGUGCCCAUUGAGGCCAUUUGGGCAGCAAAGACUUAAUAUUUAUCAUAGCAGACGGUGCAAGUUGGAAGCUUAAGAAGGUGAUAACAGGAUCCAUGUGCACCGAAAUAAAUUACUGUAUCGACAAAGCAUGAGAUACAGUGAAAGGUUUUUAUUUGGGGAUUAAAUUAAUCUCCUGUUCUUAAUCCUUGUGUUCUUCAGUUUGAAUUGACUUUCCCUCUAAAUUUCUCAGUGCUGUCAGUCCAAACAGGUUAAACAUCACCAGAUUAUGUACAUGUUUACCUUAUGUUCAAGUGCUGGAUGGUAGGUGUGUCAGUUUCCUGUCUCUCUUUGAAGACUAGAUUUGAGGUUUUUUUUCAUAGGCAGGCUUUCCUCAACUGUGAACACUGACGACCAGAGUCGUCCCUCGUUUAACCCCUCGCAUUAUGAAUUCACUUGGAGUUCUGCACCUUCUUUACAAUUGUACAUAGGUAAUUGUGGAUCAUACAGUUGAAUCAACAUGUCUCAUAGAAGAGAUGUACUGUACAUCUGUAAUAAAAUAUGUUGUGGGAAAAGCCUCUUUUA